UUACAGAUAAACUCUCUACAGUCACUCCUUACAGUAAUUCUAAAUAAUCCCUAGAAGUUUAUUUAUUUAUAUUUUAAAUAUUACAUCAAAUCAAUAAAUCUCCCUCCUGUCCAUUCCUUUAUCCUUACUGAUCUCCUGAAAUGUUAUUCAAAUCUGUCGUUUCAAUCUCAUUAGCUGCUUUAGCUUUUGCAGCUCCUCAUCAACAUCAUCAACAUAAAGAAGAUAAAAGAGAUGUUAUCGUUACCAAAACUAACGUCAUUGUCGUCACUGUUGGUGCUGAUUUAACUACCACCUUACCAGCUGUCGACUUACCAGCUCCAGCUACCACUGUUGCAGUUGAAAGUCAAGUUCCACCUCCACCUCAAGCUCAACCUGUUUCUUUCACUAACCCAACUACUUUUGCUACCGUUACCACCGCCGCUGCCUCUCCAGCUCCUUCUGCUGCUGGUGCCGAUGCUGCUGGUGCUAAGGGUAUUACUUAUACUCCUUAUGCUAACGAUGGUACUUGUAAAUCAUCAUCUCAAAUCGCCAGUGAAAUCGCUUCCUUAUCUGGUUUCGAUAUCAUUAGAUUAUAUGGUGUUGAUUGUAACCAAGUUGGUGCUGUUUUAGCUUCUAAAGCUGCUAACCAAAAAGUCUUAGCCGGUAUCUAUUAUAUGGAUGCUAUUGCUGCUGGUAUUCAAACUUUAACUGAAGCCGUUAAUGCUAACGGUGGUUGGAGUGAAAUCUAUACUGUUUCUAUUGGUAAUGAAUUAGUUAACGGUGGUCAAGCUACUCCAGCUCAAGUUGCCGGUUACGUUGCUACUGGUAGAGCUGCUUUAACUGCUGCUGGUUACUCUGGUCCAGUUGUUGCUAUUGAUACUUUUAUUGCUGUUAUUAACAACCCAUCUUUAUGUGAAUACUCUGAUUAUAUCGCUGUCAAUGCUCAUGCUUUCUUCGAUGGUGGUUACACUGCUGAUCAAGCCGGUGCUUGGGUUUUAGCUCAAAUUGAAAGAGUUUGGACUGCUUGUGGUGGUGCUAAAUCUGUUUUCAUUACUGAAACCGGAUGGCCAUCCCAAGGUGAAUCCAAUGGUGUCGCCGUUCCAUCUAAACCAAAUCAAGAAGCUGCUGUUUCUUCCAUUAAAUCUUCAUGUGGUAGUGAUGUUGUUUUAUUCACUGCUUUCAACGAUUUAUGGAAAGCUCCAGGUGCUUUCGACGCUGAACAAUACUGGGGAAUUUUCUCUUCCAAUUAAAUGGAUUGAUUUUACUCAUUAAAAAAGUACCUUCUUUUUUUAGUUUCUGUUUGGUUUGGUUUUUCCUUAUUAUUUUUUUUUAUUUGACACCCAUUCGUUUUCAUCGUUACCCUAUUACCAGUCAA